AUGCUGAAAUUUGAUUUAUAUCGUAAGUUGCCAUAGGAUUUGAUAGAGCCAUAAAAAUCAGGUGCAUUGAUCUCCUUUACAUCAUUGAUUUUGAUGUUUAUAUUAUUUAUUACAGAAUUCUAGGUAAUUCAAAGUCAUAAGGAACCGAAUAUCUCGCUCAACAAGUAUAAACAGAAAUGUACAUCGAUUAAAAUAAGGAUGACACACUUUUAGUUAAUAUGGAUAUCUCAUUUCUUACUAUGCCAUGUGAUUUUAUAAGUAUAGAUUAACAAGACAUAAUCGGCACUCAUUAAUAAAAUGUUGAAGGAGAGCUGUACAAAAGCAGAAUACUAAAUGGAAAACUCAUUGAUAAAUAUGUAUAAUUAAAUAGUAAUAAUUUAGUUAUCAAAAAAUGAGUCAUUGAAUUUGGAGAGAACCUCGGAAGCAUACUAAUAAAAAGAAGGCUGUGAUCUGACUGGAUAUAUCAUAAUAAGUAGAGUUCCUGGUAACUUCCAUAUUUCUGCUCAUCCAUAUGGAGGGUAAAUGAAUAUAGUACUGCCAUUUGUUGGAUUGUCAAUUAUUGUUUUAUCACACACAAUACAACACCUGUCCUUUGGAAAUUGAAAUGAUGUAUAAAAAAUUAGUGAGAAGUUCAAAUAAGGCUGCUCAAUCCUUUGGAUGGCAUAAGCAGAAUAAAGACGUAGGAACUUAUAAAUAUUGGAGUGACUGAUCAAUAUUAUAUUUCUAUUGUACCAACACUCUACGAUGAUAUCGAUAAUUAGGAGUAUUUUGUAAAUCAAUUUACAGCCUAUACGAACGAAGCUUAGACAACAC